CAUGUUCGCGCGUCUAUAAAUAGCCCAGAGAUUGUAGACUGCAAUAUUGUGUCAAUUGAACUUUGAUUCAGCAAAGUUUACAGAAGAAGAAAGACAGAGAAAAUGGGAAAGCGAUUGAGAAAAGGAAGGUCCAUUUGCAGUUGCAAAUCUCCUCGUCUAAGCUAUCGUGCCAGUCCUCGCUCCUCUUUCAACUGGUACGAAGAGGAUUUAUGGACGGAGAUAGCGAAGCUCUUGGACGGGAAAUCUCUGGUGAAGCUAGCGGCCACCUGCAGAUGGUUCCACGGAGUCAUCAUGCACGACAGCAUAUGGAGGUUCGUGUGCUUGCGUGAUCUUCAGGUUCCAGAUCCAGGCCACGUGUCAUUCAAGUGGAUAAAGCUCUACGCUUCGCUUGUUGAUGGCAGUCACUCUUACACCUUUCAUGAGAAGGAUAAGCAUCUAGAUUGGAUGCGAAUUGGUGCAUUUUGCCUCGACUCAAAAGUAGCACUCCUGACUCAGAGACUCAACUUGCCAUUGCAAAUCAGACAAGAAGAUACUAUAGAGAAGAUGCUGAAAUCCUGCGGGGCGUCUAUGUUACGUAACAUGAAAAUUGGAAUUUGGAUAGCAGAUCUGCAGCUUGUUCGAUGCCCUGUUUGUGAACUUGAAAAAUGUGAUGGAACAAUGCAGACAUUAGAUGCGAGACAUAUCGAACUAUUUCAGUACAAGGGUUUUCAAGAUGGGAGUUGGAAGUACGAGUUGAUUGGAACACAUAAAAUUGAAAAAUGUACAAAUGCAGCAUCGGGAGCCAUUUUUGACCUCAAUCAUCUAAACGACCGUGGAACAGCUGGUGUCUUCAAUCUCAAGUCGUGGACAGCAGAACCCAAUGAUUUUCAACCAAAGGCUAUGAUUACUUUCCAUUCAGUUGCGAUCAACACCAAUUUACAAGUGAAUGAAGGACUUCUUUCAAAGUACUUCGUGAUGAGAGCAGGACCUGAUGGAGAAGUUGUUUCAAUUAGAAUCUCCCAGCAACUCCUGUAAUUCAAGCUAAAAUCUUCCUUCUUGUAGCCAGAUUUUGUUUACUCUCUGAAAAGACAAAUAGGUUUCUUUACAGUAUUGUAAUUCGAAAAGUAUCCUUCCCCGAGAAAAUUGAUUUGAUCUACAUAAUAAGCUUCUCGCUUUUAUCAAUCCUGUUAUAGUGAGGAAAAUUAGCACCUGCAUGUCACCUGUAUGUAUACUGUGCAUAUCAUUUGCAGUCUUACAAUGCAAAAUUUCAUAGUGAAAUUUACAGACUGA